GCUGUCUUGUCACUGUGGCCCAAGUCCCGGUGUCCCACAGUCCAAACCACAAACUACCACUCUCUCACCUUUUCUUUCCCUCUCCUCUCCUCUCUUCUGUCCUCUCUGUUAUUUUGCCACCCCACCAUGAAUCUGCCUUCUUUCUUUCUCCUCCAUUAAUCACCAUCCCUCAAAACUCAAUCACGGACUCAGUCUGCUGGUUUAAGGGCCGGCUCCCAGUUCCAAUACUCAUUACUGCUCUUAAUCUCACAACCCCAUGUCAGGAAAACCACGGUCUCUUAUUCUCCCACCCGCCAAUCUCAAAAAGCUCUGCAAAUUUGAGAGCUUUAACUUCAAAGACAAGCACUUUCCUGCCCCAUUUUCACCAAACCAAUUCUGGGUCCUUCUCUAAACACCCCCAUUUGCUUUUCUAUCGAUGUUUCCAGGGCUUCCACUAUUUCUUGCUUCGAGUAAUCUUGAAGCAAACACUGUUUCAUUUUGUAUUUGUGCAGAAAGACACACUUCUUUCUGCCUCUCUUUUGCCAACAGCAUUUGUAGCUGAUUAAUCUCCUCCCGCCAAUAGAGAUUUCGGAAUUUUGUGUGUGGCUGUUUGUGGGAUGGGGUUUGUUGUCACCAGUCGGUUGUUGUUGCAGCUGGUGAAGCUCUGUGCCAUCAGCUUGAUUUUCACCAUCCAAGGAUCUACAGGAUUCAGUAUAUCACCAACUCAGAGAAUCGAAAAUCAGUUGGUAGGGGCAGUUCAGAGUCCAGUCCAUCAGAUUAGGCCAUUCGAAAGCAAUCCACCGAGCUCAGAGUCCCAUGUAAAUGGGCCUACAACAUUCGACACACCCCCUGAAUCAAUUUCGGGGCAGGCACCAUCCUACCAGCCUAGUCCAGUUGGAUCAUCACCACCUUAUAGAACUGCUCCUCCACCUCUAGUUGUUUCUGGAAAUGUGCCUUCUGAAUCUCCAACUGUUUCAUUUACACCUAUACCACAGACAAUAAUAGCUCCUUCUCCUGAAAAUUUUGAAGGAAAUGUAGCACCUUUGCCAUCAAAAGCUAAUGAUGGAAGUGUUUCUCUUGAACCUCCAUUACCAAGUUUCGCUCCGCCACCCCAGAUUUCUGGAGGGAAUGUUGCACCUCUACCACCUAACUCUUCUGAAGGACACGUAGCACCUAUGCCGUCUAGCUCUUCUGGAGGAAGUGUUUUAGUUGGACCCCCAACACAUAGUAUAGCUCCUCCUCCUCAUCAAAUGUCUCAAGGACAAGCAGCACCUAUGCCGUCUAACUCUUCUGGAGGAAAUGUUUUAGGUAGACCCCCAGCACAUAGUAUAGCCCCUCCUCCUCAAAUGUCUCAAGGAGAAGCAGCACCUGUGCCGUCAAACUUCAAUGGAGGGAAUGUGACCUUAGCACCUCCCCCAAAGAGUAUAGUUUCUCCCCCCCAGACUUCUCAAGGACAACCUGUACCUUCACCACCGAGCAGUUCUGGAGGAGGAGUCUCCUUGGUGCCUCCACCACAUAAUAGUAUAGCUCCUCCACCUCGGAAUUUUGAACGACAAGUAGCACCAACGCCAUCAAACAGUCCUGGAAAACGGGAGCCGGGUGAAAAGGCUCCUGCCCCUAUGCCAGUGGCAACACCUCCAGCUAAUUCACCACCAAGUCUACCGUCCAUCCACCCAGGUGUGCCAGAACCUUCGACCGGGAGUGCUCCUCAGAAAAACACAACGUUUAAUGGUUCUCCUCUCCAAAAACCAGUUCCAGCAGUGGCAUUACCUCCGAGGAUAUUGGGAAGGGAGAAACCAGUGCAACAUCCAAUCGCACCAGCAGUCAUUAUCCCCUCUGUCUCCCCAGAUCCUGAGGUCUCGUCUCCAUCAUCUACUCCUCCAAGGACUCAUUGGACAAAAGAUGGAACUCCAGUUACUGCACCCUCGGCUGAAAUACAAAAGCCCUUACCAGUGUUGCCACCUACAACUCAUGCACCCGCUAAAGCUUCUUUUCCUGCUGUGGCUCCUUCUGUUCACAAAGCUUGGCGGCAUUCGAAUAAAGCUCCUUCUCCGUCUUCUACCUCUUCUCAUAAACACAACAAUGCAAGAAAUGGAAGCAGCAUCGCUCCUCCCAAAUCAUCAUAUGUUAUACCUCCUCACUCAUCAGAAGAGCCAGCACUCCCUCCCUCAUCUCUUCCAACUAGCAGGCCCACACACUAUGCUUCUCCACCUCACCAUACAGGUACUAAUCCAGUUAUAGGUGUUCCACUUGCCCCCUCACCAUCAAAGACAGCAGCAUCUAACUGGACCACAAGUAAUACUGUUUACCCUCUUUCCCUAUUGCAGUCAAUCCAAACUCUUCAAGCUCUUGAAUUCAUGUGUCAUCAAUGGGAUACCUUACCUUUGCUUCUCGUUACAUUUUAUAGUACCGAUUCUUUCACCAAAAAUUUCUCCGAGAUCUUCAUCAAAGAAUCCUAUGCCCUUGUUUCCGCCAAUCCAUGCAUUGCCACCUCCGCCACCCAAUCAAGGUUAUACAAUAUGGUCAUUUUGCUGUUGUUGUUUGAUUGUUCAACGACUGUUUGCAUGGAACCUUAUGCAAACACUCCUCCCGGAUCUCCAUGUGGAUGUGUGUUGCCCAUGCAAGUCGGACUGCGACUUAGUGUUGCACUAUAUACAUUUUUUCCUUUGGUUUCUGAAUUCGCUAAAGAACUUGCUACUGGGGUUUUCAUGAAACAAAGUCAAGUCAGGAUUAUGGGAGCCAAUGCUGCUAGCCAGGAACCUGACAAGACCAUAGUCCUCAUUGACUUGGUUCCACUUGGACAAAAGUUUGACAACACAACUGCUUUCUUGACUUACCAAAGGUUUUGGCUGAAACAAGUGGCAAUACAAACUUCCUUAUUUGGUGACUACCAAGUCCUUUAUGUGCGCUAUCCAGGUUUACCGGAAUCUCCUCCUUCAGCAUCUUCUGGGAUUACUAUCAUUGAUGAUGGGCCAUACUCUGGCAAUGGAAACAACGCAAGAACGAUAAAGCCCCUAGGAGUUGAUGUAUCCAAAAGGCGCCAAAAGGAUGGACUUAAUGGUGCUGUCAUUGCUAUUAUUGCUCUGUCAGCUUCUAUUGUUGUCAUCUUUUGCUCGGCAGUUGCUUGGAUUUUUAUUUCUAGGAAGAGAGGCCAUCAUGGCAGAGAGCCAUCGCCAGCUCCCCCACCUUUGCGUGCUUCUGUUGCAAAACCCUCAGGGAUUUCUGUGUCAGCCCUUGGGAGUGGUCUCAGUUCUCAUUCACUGUCAUUUGGCUCUAGUAUUGCACCAUAUACGGGAUCUGCCAAAACCUUCAGUGCAAGUGACAUAGAGAGAGCAACUCAUAACUUUGAUGAUUCAAGGACACUCGGGGAAGGUGGCUUCGGACGUGUCUAUAGUGGUGUUCUUGAUGAUGGGACCCAAGUAGCAGUCAAAGUCCUGAAAAGGGACGACCAGCAAAGUGGUCGAGAAUUCUUGGCAGAAGUCGAGAUGCUUAGCCGCCUUCACCACAGGAACCUUGUCAAGUUGAUUGGGAUAUGCACAGAAGAGCAUGCACGUUGUCUGGUCUAUGAGCUAGUGCCUAAUGGCAGUGUGGAAUCUCAUUUGCAUGGGGACGAUAAGGAAUCUGCACCUCUGGAUUGGGAUGUCCGGAUUAAGAUAGCACUUGGUGCAGCUCGAGGUCUGGCUUAUCUUCAUGAGGAUUCAAGUCCACGGGUCAUCCACAGGGAUUUCAAAUCCAGCAACAUCUUGUUGGAGAGUGAUUUCACACCAAAAGUCUCCGACUUUGGGUUGGCACGAUCUGCGCUGGAUGAGGAAACCAGCCAUAUAUCCACUCGUGUGAUGGGAACCUUUGGGUAUGUGGCCCCUGAGUAUGCAAUGACCGGUCAUCUUCUAGUGAAGAGCGAUGUAUACAGCUACGGUGUAGUCCUUCUUGAGCUUUUAAGCGGGAGAAAACCGGUGGAUAUGUCACAACCACCAGGUCAAGAGAACCUAGUAGCAUGGGCACGUCCGCUUCUGACAAGCCAAGAAGGGUUGGAAAUGAUAAUAGAUCCAUCUCUUCGCCACGAUGUCCCCUUCGACAGUGUGGCCAAAGUUGCAGCCAUUGCUUCAAUGUGUGUGCAGCCAGAAGUGUCCCAUCGCCCAUUCAUGGGCGAAGUUGUUCAAGCGUUGAAACUGGUGUGCAACGAGUGCGAUGAGGCGAAAGAAGUAGGAUCUAUAAGCUCCAGCCGUGAUUUGUCAAUGGAUGGUGGCGAGGCGAGGACCACCUCAGGGAAGCUGGUGCCGGAGAUGUUCCAUGACCGAAGAUUGGGGUUAGGGCCGAGCAACUACGACUCUGAUCCGGAUAUCGAGAGAGGGCUAACGCUGUCAGAUAUGUUCGGUACAUCAGGAAGAUUCGGGAGGCAGGCACCAACAUCCGCGUCGUUCAGGAGGUACUCGAGUUCUGGCCCAUUGAGUAGUGGGAAGGGAAGAGAGUGGUGGCAGAGAAUGAGGAGAUUGAGAGGGGAGAGUGUGAGUGAACAUGGGAUCAUGUUCAAACAAUGGGCAGGUUCAUAUUGAAAAGCUGUGGACUAGACAACCCUUGUUUAUGUGUGAAUAUUGAUUAAUAUGCACAGUUUCUAGGAGGAGGCUAGAGGAAUGAAUGGUGAAAUAAGUUUUGAAGAAAAUCUUUGACAAGGAGACUUGAAAAGAAGUGCAGAAUUGGAGGAUGGAGGUGGUUAUGACAGCAAGUGAGUUUUGACCCUGAGUAAUAACACAGUCAAAGUGGAGGGUAAUCAAACUUGAAUGUUUUUAUCAUUGUCCAGGUACCAAAUAGUAAUUUAACCCCUUUGAUUUGAUUUGAGGGGUGCACAUGUAAUGUAACAAUCCAUGUAAAACUGUGAAGUAGAGCAACUGCAAGUGUACAGAAUUUUGUUUUUCUCUUUGGGUUAUUUUUUUACAGUUAAGAUCACCUUCAUUCCAAUCAGCCUAGCCUAGAGAGAGUACAUGAGAAAGUUUCAAAAUAAGGCUUCCUUUGUAACAUUCUGAUUCUAAACGUAUCCUGAGUAUCCAUGUAUUUUGUAGAUAUUGACGUUAAAUGUUGUAUUUAAAUAUGAGUGUUUGUUAUUUUAUUUGGAAU